UCUGAAUAGCUACAAUAGAAUACAGAGAUGUGGACUGCACCAGGUCUGAGCUGCUUAAGGUUGCCUUCACCGAAAAAUGGCUGCCCGAAAGGCUCCAAAAUAAUCGGAAAGCAACAGCCAAGCAAAGACUCAGUUGUUACUGCAAUCAACAAGAGUAGCAGAUCUGAAAGGCAUCUAAUAAGCGAGGAAUCAACAGGAACCAUCAUGAUAGCUAGUCACUCUGCUCUUGUACUGUACUUGAAGUUUUGGUUUCUGUAUGGGACAGUCGUCAACUGGUCUCUGGGUCUAUAAAAUACAAAGGAUGUAUGUGGCUCUUAACUAGAGCAAGACAUACUUUUUCAUAUCUUCCAGACAAGGUGCAUUAGCAACAUAGAAUAUGGAAGGGACUGGUGAGAUGAGAGAGGUUGGACGAGAAACUCUCCAUGGAGGUGUGGUGCAGAGUGUUAGUGAGACUGAUGAGUACAAAGAAAAGACUAUUGACAGUGAAAAAGAUGGGCAGUUUCGGGUGCAGCCAAGAUGGAGGAAAUUCUUGGCUCAUGUUGGGCCUGGAGCUCUGGUGGCCAUUGGCUUCCUAGAUCCUAGCAACUUGGAAACUGACAUGCAAGCUGGAGCUGACUUCAAGUAUGAGCUUCUGUGGGUCAUCUUAGUUGGGAUGGUCUUUGCACUUCUGAUCCAAACAUUAGCUGCCAACCUUGGAGUGAAAACAGGAAGGCACCUUGCUGAACUGUGCAGGGAAGAGUACCCGCACUAUGUCAACAUUUUCUUAUGGAUCAUUGCGGAGUUGGCGGUGAUUUCUGAUGACAUUCCUGAAGUGUUGGGCACAGCUUUUGCGUUCAACAUAUUGCUUAAGAUUCCAGUGUGGGCUGGAGUUAUUCUCACAGUGUUCAGCACCCUCUUGCUUCUUGGAGUACAGAGAUUUGGGGCUCGGAAGCUGGAGUUCAUCAUAGCAGCAUUCAUGUUCACUAUGGCAGCUUGCUUCUUCGGAGAGCUAAGCUAUUUGAGGCCGUCUGCAGGAGAGGUGGUCAAGGGCAUGUUUGUCCCUUCUCUCCAAGGGAAAGGCGCUGCUGCCAAUGCGAUCGCACUCUUUGGCGCUAUCAUCACACCAUACAACUUGUUCUUGCACUCUGCUCUGGUCCUGUCAAGGAAGACCCCACGAUCAGACAAAAGCAUCAGAGCUGCUUGCAGAUACUUCCUUAUUGAGUGUAGUCUUGCAUUCAUCGUGGCUUUCCUCAUAAAUGUUUCAGUCGUUGUUGUUGCUGGAUCCAUUUGCAAUGCGAAUAAUCUUUCUCCAGCUGAUGCCAACACGUGUGGUGACCUAACUCUGCAAUCCACACCUCUUUUACUCAGGAAUGUUUUGGGGAGAUCAAGCUCGGUGGUGUAUGCUGUUGCGCUGCUAGCUUCUGGGCAAAGCACCACUAUCAGUUGCACGUUCGCUGGGCAGGUCAUCAUGCAGGGGUUUCUGGACAUGAAGAUGAAGAAUUGGGUAAGGAACCUCAUCACCCGAGUCAUCGCCAUAGCUCCUAGCCUCAUCGUCUCCAUUGUCAGUGGUCCCUCAGGCGCCGGCAAGCUAAUCAUCCUGUCAUCAAUGAUCCUGUCAUUUGAGCUGCCGUUCGCUCUCAUCCCUCUACUCAAGUUCUGCAACAGCAGCAAGAAAGUUGGACCCCUCAAGGAAUCCAUCUAUACGGUGGUGAUCGCGUGGAUCCUGAGCUUCGCGCUCAUCGUCGUCAACACCUACUUCCUAGUGUGGACAUACGUGGACUGGCUCGUCCACAACAACCUCCCCAAGUAUGCCAAUGGCCUCAUCUCCGUGGUGGUGUUCGCGCUCAUGGCCGCCUACCUGGUCGCCGUCGUCUACCUGACGUUCAGGAAGGACACGGUGGCGACGUACGUGCCGGUGCCGGAGCGGGCGCAGGCGCAGGUGGAGGCCGGCGGGACGCCGGUGGUGGACGCCUCCGCCGCCGACGAGGACCAGCCGGCUCCGUACAGGAAGGACCUUGCCGAUGCUUCCAUGUAGCCUUGAUAAAUUAUUGCUUGCUGAGUAGUGCAUUAGUUAUUCCUCGUCGUCAGUGUAUAACUAGAUGUGUUCUCUGGAUGAUAUAAUGUGAUUCGUCAUUGAUUUUUUGUUCUUCUUCUUGUUGUUGUUUCUAAGCAGCUUAGCUGUAAAUUAAGUUUGAGAAAAAAAA